GCUUCUGGUUGCCAGGGGAACAGCGUCCCUGGAGGCAGGAGGGCUUUGGACGCACAGCUCCUUCCCCUUCCAGAAAAGCUGUGGUGACGGGAAAGAACCCUCCCCUUUGGGGGACAGGGGGUGACGCUGUCAGCCGGUGCGCUUCUGCGCCCGUCAAUGCUUUGCUGUCUGGUGACUGGCUCCCAGAGUUUCCGCCGCGAAGGAUAUCAAUGGAUAUUAUAAAGGGAAACUUAGAUGGGAUUUCAAAACCAGCCUCAAGUUCAAGAACCCGUCCUGGGAGUAGAGGUUCAAAUGCUUCUUUGGAGGUGCUCUCACCAGAACCAGCAUCCUUCAUGGUUGAUACUGCAAUCAAGUUGAACUCUGGUAUAAAGGGCCACUCUGAGAGGAGUAAUGCAGAGGAAAAUGGAAACAAUAAUGAUGAUAAAGGGGAAAGUGAUUCUGCAAAACCAAAAUUGGCUGAAGAAGGCUCAGAUGAAGAUCUGAACUUGGUUCAACACCAGAUAAUCCCUGGAUGUGCAGAUGAACCUGAAUUAAAAGAAUUAGAUUCUCAACUUCAAGAUGCUAUUCAGAAGAUGAAGAGGCUUGAUAAAAUAUUGGUGAAGAAACAAUACCGAGAAAAAGAAAUUAAGAAGCAAGGUCUAGACCUGAGAAUAAAGCUGUGGGAAGAACUUAAGUCUGCAAAAACUAGUGAAGCUUUGCAAAGUAAUGAGGAGAUGGAAAAUACAAAAAAGUUUCUAGCUUUGACUGCUGCAUCAGAAGAAACUGUCGAUCCUUCUUCCUAUGAGCAUGAAGACACCUUUUUUUCAGUGUUUCACACUCAAGUCCCUCCAGAAGAAUAUGAAAACCGUAAACAGAAUGUCAAUCAAGAUUUUACCUAUGAUGUGGAAGGAAAUGAGUCAUUGAUCAGAGCAGAAAAGAAACCUUUCUCAAAUACAGAAAAGAUUAAGCUCAGGGGUAAACACAGCCAGGAUUUUAUUAAACGAAACAUUGAGUUGGCUAAGGAUUCAGGAAUGCCAGUGCUUAUGAUUGACAGAGAGAAGAAAAGGCUGACUGAACUUUUGAAGGACUUAGAUGACAAAGAUUCGGGGCUGUCCAGUCCUGAGGGCGAUCGGUCUGGCUGGCUGGUCCCAGGAGAAGGAUACACAUUUGCAGUCACCCAGCACCAGCAGCUUGCCGAAAUCGACACAAAGCUCCAGGAACUUUCUGCAGCCUCACCAGCAACUUCCGACUUUUCUCCGAGACAUGGAAACCACAGCGAUCAGGAACCUGACCUUAAUGAUGAUGAUAAAAAUAUGGAAAUAACUCCAGGAGAAAAGGUACUUCGGAACGCCAAAGAGCAACGGGAUCAGCAAAACCGGCUGAGAGAGAUAGAUGACAAACUGAGAAAGAUGAAGGAAAAUGUGUUAGAUUCAACAUCACCUCUCUCUGAGGAACAGUUAAAGUGUCUUCUGGAUGAAUGCACACUCAGACAAAAAUCCAUGAUUAGACUUUCUUCAGAAAGGGAAAAGGAAGACGUAGAGGAUUCAACAGCCCAGUCCCCCCAUCUUUCCAGAUCUGUCCUCUCUGAGCUACUAAAUGGGUCAGAAACAAAAGUCACCAGCACAGAGGUAAAAGAUGCAAAUAUGUCUGAGAAUGCAGAAUGUGAAACAUGUACAGGUUACUAUCUCACCAAAGCCUUGACUGGGCAUUACAUGUCUCAAGCACUUGUCAUCGAAGCAGAGAAUUUGAGAUGCCUCCAAUUUCCCAAGGACAAGGUUAUUAGUGACACAAAGGACUAUUUUAUGUCGAAGACUAUUGGCAUUGGGAGACUGAAAAGGCCCUCUUUCUUGGAUGAUCCACUGUAUGACAUCAAUGUGAGCCUUUCAUCUGAAGACCAUCGUCUGGAAGUCAGCUCUCCAGAGAAACCAAAAAUGGAUGAAGAGGAGACUGAAGAUGUGACAGAAGAAUGGAAAGAAUCUUGAGCGAUGACUUUCUGGGCGUGCUUGCUUUGAAGGAAGUUGGUAAAUUAAACUGUUUUCUGAAUUCUUACAUUCAUGGACUGCAUCUAUAGAGACCAUUCCUCAAAUACUGAUUUUUAAUAUUUGGAUUCUCUCUUCCUAGGUUUUGCUUCUUUGAUAUUUUUGAGACAUGGGGUGCAUUUGGUCAGUGAUUUUUUUCUUCACUGAAAUGCCUGGUGAAAUUGUGUUUUAUUGCUAAUCUUGCAACAUCAGGGAUAUGUUAUAAAACCAACAUUUUACGUAUGUGUGUGCUUUGUUAAAACUAGUUGAAGUACUAUGAUGACUUUGUAUUUGAUUUUAUAUGUUACAACUUCAUUGUGGUUUAGACAGAUGGAAUCACUAUGACUUCUUAUUUGGGCCCUGAUUUUCCAGCUUUCUUCCCGUCUGGUGCCUGUUAAGUACAACUUGCCAUAGAAAGAAAUGAAUUUUCUCAACAAAGCAAUGUUAGCCUGGACUUUGCUUCCUUACUAGCAGUGGUAUUUUGCUCAAGCAAGAGUUUGAUUUACUUGAAUUACUUGAUUUUUAUUACCAUUUACCAUCUUGCAGAAUUUGCCUUUUAGAAUGCAGCAAAUAAAUCAUCCAGAUUGGAAGGAGUUUAUAUGUCAGGAUUUUGAGCAGAGGUUCUGUGCUUCACUUUAACUGAACUGCCUUAAUCACAUUCUCUCUGAAGCAAAUUCUGUGGCUGCGGGAUGGACUCUGAUGAUUGCUAUACUCCAGGAUUCAUGCUUACUGUCCUAGAUGGAAGUUAGGUUAAUCUCCCUGGAAUAACCUCUAGAAACUAGGGGCAAUCCUAAAGAGUCAGCAGUAACCAUGAGUGUUGAGGAGAAAGUGAACAUACAUCCACUGCAAUUACUAACUUUCUACUUUCUCCCAAUGAGAAUACUAUGGAAAACCCUCUAAAUUUAAGUAGCUUGGAGACCAGAG